AUGGUGUGGCUUAUAGAUCAAGAGUAUGACAGGGAUCACCGGGCUUUUCAUAUGACGGAGAGGAGAACGGAUCUUCAACCUUUGAAGAUUCGUUACCAUGGCACAGUGGAUAUGGCGUAUGACGAGAGGUACACGGAGUUCAUCCAGCCCACCGGUCUUCUCCCGUUCAUCACGCUUGUAAGCCGGGGGGGUACAAAGGAGGGAGCUCCCGCCGGCGCACCUUUCGCUUGGAUCAGGACUAACUUUGGACUACCUCCGCCGGAAGGGGCCAACGAGGACACUAUCAAGACAUACACCCGAGUGUACUUGUGGUACAUGAUAUCGAGGACUCUCUUUGCUGACAGUGGUGGAAAGUUGGCCCAUUGGUGUUGGCUCAAGGCGCUUACGGUGUUGGAGCGCCGGUGGAGUUGGGGAACAGCGACACUUGCCUACCUCUACCGACAGUUGGACGAAGCUUGUCGCAGGACUGGGAGCGGCGGUAUUGGUGGAUGCUUGCUCCUACUUUCUGUAUGGAGCUGGGACCGCCUAUCAGUUGGGCGGCCCAGGGUACUCACAGAGAGAUCAUGGCCUCAUUACCGGAACAACCCUGAUCGGGAGCCGACUUGGGCAUUUCUUUGGGACAAUGUCUCGGAGAUGACGAGCGAUCCAAAGAUGAUGUACAAGCACUACACUGAGGAGUUGGACACUCUUACCGCUGAGCAGGUGGAUUGGGAGCCAUAUGGUACCUACUACCAUAUUGGCGCGGGGAUGGCUGACCUCAACCCCAUGUGCCUUGAGGAGGCGCGUUUCUGGCGCUUGAUAGGCAGCGGCAGAGGAAGAUCACAAAUUGGCCUGACCAUCAUAGAGGCCACGUCACAACGUUCCAACACUGUUUGGAAGCGCACGCGUAUCGAGUUAGUGAAACCCGCGUAUGAAGACGACAUCUUGUACGACCCCAUCGAGUUUGAUGAGGUUGCGCAAAGCCAGCACGACACCUUUGCUCACAGAGGAAGAUCGACUUCUAUUGCUUCCGAGCUGAACUUCGUGCGGUCCGAGAUCCAAAAAACAGCUCAGGAGUGCGAGAUUGUUUGGGAUCAAAGCCAUACAGAUGACAAGCCUAUCGGACCGAUGCGGCAUUUCAUUAAGAACACUGCACGAAAGAUGCGGCGGUUAGCCAACUUGCUAGGUUGCCGCGACACCGAAAUUGCGGCUACAUCCUCUUCUGAAGAAGCGGAGAUUCCUGACGACGACACCAUCCUGAGUCAAGGCAUUGCGAGUCAACGCAAGAAGCAAGCCACACGGUCUGCGUACCAGUUGAAGCCAAGGGGCAAGGCUCCAGCCCGAUACACUCCCGAUGACUAUGUCAACCGAGGAAAGAAGGAGGAGCAGCAGCAACAGCCAGGGCAGCGGACGAAAAGGUUGGCCGUCCGGAAGCAGCCCGCGAGGAGGGGACUUCGCGGAGGAUAG